GCGCUCCGGCUCCGGGGGUGUCACCGGCCCCGCUCCCCCCUCGCCAUGGCCGGGCUCCUGCCGCUGCUGCUGCUCCUGCUGCCGGCGGGCCCCGGGGCCGGCGCCUCCAAGGACGAUUGUCUCUCCAAGCUGUUCACGGCCAGCGGGGAGUGCUGCCGCCUCUGCAACGUGGGCGAGGGCGUGGUGCAGCCCUGCGGGGUCAACCAGACGGUCUGCGAGCCCUGCCUGGACAGCGUCACCUUCUCGGACACGGCCAGCGCCACGGAGCCGUGCAAGCCGUGCACGCAGUGCGAGGGGCUGCAGAGCAUGUCGGCGCCCUGCGUGGAGACCGACGACGCCGUGUGCCGCUGCGCCUACGGCUACUUCCAGGACGAGGCCAGCGGCAGCUGCCGCGAGUGCCGCGUCUGCGAGGUGGGCUUCGGCCUCAUGUUCCCCUGCAAGGACUCGCAGGACACGGUGUGCGAGGAGUGCCCCGAGGGCACCUUCUCCAGCGAGGCCAACUUCGUGGAUCCCUGCCUGCCCUGCACCACGUGCGAGGAGAACGAGGUGCUGGUGCGGGAGUGCACGGCCGUGGCGGACGCGGAGUGCCGGGGACUCCACCCUCGCUGGACAACGCCCGCCCAGUCCCUGGGGGGCUCUGAGAGCCCCGAGCCGGCCACCAGGGAGCCGCCGAGCACCGAGGGGACGGCCAGCACCGUGGGGGACACGGCCACCACCGUCAUGGGCAGCUCGCAGCCCGUGGUGACCCACGGCAGCAGCGACAACCUCAUCCCCGUCUACUGCUCCAUCCUGGCCGCCGUGGUGGUGGGGCUGGUGGCAUACAUCGCCUUCAAGAGGUGGAACAGCUGCAAGCAGAACAAGCAAGGGGCCAACAACCGCCCCGUGAACCAGACGCCGUCCCCCGAGGGGGAGAAGCUGCACAGUGACAGUGGCAUCUCCGUGGACAGCCAGAGCCUGCACGAGCAGCAGCCCCCGGGGCAGGGCAGCCAGGGCACAGCAGCAGCAGCAGCAGCAGCUCCCAAGGCCGACGGGAUCCCGUACUCGGCGCUGCCGGCCGGCAAGCAGGAGGAGGUGGAGAAGCUUCUGGGCAGCUCGGCCGAGGACACGUGGCGGCAGCUGGCGGCCGAGCUGGGCUACAAGGACGAGCUGAUCGAGGCCUUCACCCGCGACGAGGCGCCGGCGCGGGCGCUGCUGGCGCACUGGGCCGGCCGCGAGUCGGCCACGCUGGACGCGCUGCUGGCCGCCCUGCGCCGCCUCCAGCGCGGCGACAUCGCCGACAGCCUGGCCAGCGAGUCCACCGCCACCUCCCCCGUCUGAAGGGCGGCCCGGGGGGGCUCGGGGCUGGGGGGGUGGCAGAGGGCUCGCUGUGUGUCCCCCCGGAGGUGUUGGCGGUUCCGGUACCGGCCGCUCCCCGAGCAGGUCCGGCCCGGUAGCCCGUGAUGGGGUUGGGGGGGGUUUGGUGUUGCCCCCCAAGUGGUAAAUUCAGCCCUGGGGGGUUGCGGGAUGGAUGGACGGAUGGACAGAUGGACACGGAGUGACCGCCGUGCUCUCAGCCCUCUCCUCUCCCCCCUUCAGCCCCUUCUCUUCCUCCGGUCCCUCCCGUUCCCCUCAGCGCCCCCAAACCCGGCCGUGCUCCCCCCCGAGAGGGGGAAGGGGGGGCUGGGGCCGCUGCCCCGGGGUUUGGGGGCUCGGGGGGGCCGGGGGGAGGGGACCCGGCCCCCACACUGUGAAAUUUGGGGUGCGGCCUCCCCGCAGCUCCGCAGGGAUUUGGGGGAGCAGCCGGGACCACCCCGGACACUGAGGAGCAGAUUUUGGGGUGCCGCCACCCCCCCGUGGGGGCUGCAGGGGACACCGAGGGGACACCGAGGGGACGCUGAAGGCGGAAAGCGCUGCCCAAGUGCCUGCCCCCGCGGGGACACCCCCAGGGCUCCUCUCCUGCCCUGUCCCCGCUGUCCCCGAGCCGCAGGGACCGGCCGAGGCCACCCUGCCACCAUUGCACUGUCCCCGCUGUCCCCACCCUGCGUCAAAGGGCUCCUGCCGUGCCAGCACUGUGAGAGCAGCUCGGGAAUGUCCCCAAGGGUCCCUCUGCCCCCUGGGUGACCCCAGCACCUCCCUGGGGAGGUGACAUCGCUCAAAGGGCGUUUUGGGGGCGUUUUGGGGGCGUUUUGGCCCCAGCUGGGCGAGCUGGAGCUGCCACCUGGCUGGGGAUGUCCCCUGAAC